GUGAGGGGCCGGGAGCGCCGCGAGCGGCACCGGGAGCGGCACCGGGAGCUCCGGGAGCGGCACCGGCAGCAGCGCCGGGAGCGGCCCAGCCGGGAGGGCGGCGGAGGAACCGCCGCCUAGCGCAGCCCCGCGCCGGCCGCCGCAGCCCCGAGCGGCUGCGCCCCAGCUCCAUGAAUGGAAAUCGGCAGCGCAGGACCCGUGGGGGCACAGCCCCUGCUCAUGGUGCCCAGACGUCCCGGCUAUGGCACCAUGGGCAAGCCCAUUAAACUGCUGGCCAACUGCUUCCAAGUUGAAAUCCCAAAGAUUGAUGUCUACCUCUAUGAGGUGGAUAUCAAACCAGAUAAGUGUCCUCGGAGGGUGAACAGGGACGUGGUGGACUCUAUGGUGCAGCAUUUUAAAGUGACAAUAUUUGGGGACCGUAGACCAGUUUAUGAUGGGAAAAGAAGCCUCUAUACAGCCAAUCCACUUCCUGUGGCCACUACUGGGGUGGAUUUGGAUGUGACACUACCCGGAGAAGGUGGAAAAGAUCGUCCCUUCAAAGUGUCAAUAAAGUUUGUUUCUCGGGUGAGCUGGCACUUGCUGCAUGAAGUUUUGACAGGAAGAACCUUGCCUGAGCCUCUGGAACUAGACAAACCUAUCAGCACUAACCCUGUUCAUGCUGUCGAUGUGGUGCUACGACACCUCCCCUCCAUGAAGUACACCCCUGUGGGCCGCUCCUUCUUCUCAGCUCCAGAAGGCUAUGACCACCCCCUGGGAGGGGGCAGGGAGGUCUGGUUUGGGUUCCAUCAGUCUGUCCGACCUGCCAUGUGGAAAAUGAUGCUCAACAUCGAUGUUUCUGCCACUGCCUUCUACAAAGCACAACCUGUAAUUCAGUUCAUGUGUGAAGUCCUUGACAUUCAUAAUAUUGAUGAACAACCAAGACCUCUGACUGAUUCUCAUCGGGUAAAAUUCACCAAAGAGAUAAAGGGUCUAAAGGUAGAAGUGACUCACUGUGGGACAAUGAGGAGGAAGUACCGUGUCUGUAACGUAACGAGACGGCCUGCAAGUCAUCAAACCUUUCCUUUACAGCUAGAAAAUGGCCAGACUGUGGAGAGGACAGUAGCACAGUAUUUCAGAGAGAAAUACAACCUCCAGCUGAAAUACCCUCACCUUCCUUGUCUGCAAGUGGGACAGGAACAAAAACACACCUACCUGCCUUUAGAAGUGUGUAACAUCGUGGCUGGCCAGAGGUGCAUCAAGAAGCUGACAGACAAUCAGACAUCAACCAUGAUAAAAGCUACAGCCAGGUCUGCCCCAGACAGGCAGGAGGAGAUCAGCAGAUUGGUGAGAAGUGCAAAUUAUGAUGCAGAUCCAUUUGUCCAAGAGUUCCAGUUCAAAGUGAGGGAUGAGAUGGCCCAUGUGACAGGACGUGUGCUCCCAGCCCCAAUGCUGCAGUACGGAGGACGGAAUCGAACCGUGGCAACACCAAGCCAUGGCGUGUGGGACAUGAGAGGGAAACAGUUCCACACUGGGGUGGAGAUCAAGAUGUGGGCCAUAGCUUGCUUUGCAACACAGAGACAGUGCAGAGAAGAAAUUCUGAAGGGUUUCACAGACCAGCUGCGCAAGAUCUCCAAGGACGCCGGGAUGCCCAUCCAGGGCCAGCCCUGCUUCUGCAAGUACGCCCAGGGUGCAGACAGCGUGGAGCCCAUGUUCCGACACCUCAAGAACACCUAUUCAGGGCUUCAGCUCAUCAUUGUCAUCCUGCCAGGGAAGACACCUGUGUAUGCGGAGGUGAAGCGCGUGGGAGACACGCUGUUGGGAAUGGCCACACAGUGUGUUCAGGUCAAGAACGUCAUUAAAACAUCUCCACAGACCCUCUCAAAUCUGUGCCUGAAGAUUAAUGUUAAACUAGGAGGAAUCAACAACAUCCUUGUACCUCAUCAACGACCUUCUGUGUUCCAGCAGCCAGUGAUCUUUUUGGGAGCUGAUGUCACUCACCCUCCAGCUGGAGAUGGAAAGAAGCCUUCCAUUGCUGCUGUUGUAGGCAGCAUGGACGCUCAUCCCAGCCGGUACUGUGCCACGGUGAGGGUCCAGAGGCCCCGGCAGGAGAUCAUCCAGGACCUGGCCUCCAUGGUCAGGGAGCUGCUCAUCCAGUUCUACAAAUCAACACGGUUCAAACCCACCCGGAUCAUCUUCUACAGGGACGGGGUCUCUGAGGGACAGUUCCGACAGGUUUUGUAUUAUGAACUGCUGGCCAUUAGAGAAGCCUGCAUCAGUUUGGAGAAGGAUUACCAGCCUGGAAUAACCUACAUUGUGGUGCAGAAGCGACAUCAUACGCGGCUGUUCUGUGCUGACAGAACAGAAAGGGUUGGACGAAGUGGCAAUAUUCCAGCUGGGACAACUGUAGAUACAGACAUUACACACCCCUACGAGUUUGAUUUUUACCUCUGUAGCCAUGCUGGAAUACAGGGAACCAGCCGUCCCUCCCACUACCACGUCCUGUGGGAUGACAACUGCUUCACAGCAGACGAGCUGCAGCUGCUGACGUACCAGCUGUGCCACACGUACGUGCGCUGCACCCGCUCCGUCUCCAUCCCCGCGCCCGCCUACUACGCUCACCUGGUGGCAUUCAGAGCACGCUACCACCUCGUGGACAAGGAACACGACAGUGCUGAAGGGAGCCACGUGUCAGGACAGAGCAACGGGCGAGACCCGCAGGCCCUGGCGAAGGCUGUACAGAUUCACCAAGACACCUUACGCACGAUGUACUUCGCUUAAGUCAAUGACCCGGGAGACACUCACGGAGAGGAGAACUGAGAAUUUAAGCCACAUACAAUGUAUGUUUCCAGGGGGUUGGUUUAGGGGCUGUGCCUCCCAUCGUGCUGGAGCUGACGCUGUGCAGGGGCGAGAGGCUCACCCUUAAAUUGACACGAGGAAGAUUGUUUACUUCAUCCAGGAACACAGCACUAUUAUGCAAUAUGAAACCAGCCAACUGCUUUUUUGGGGCGGGCUCCUGUGGGAAGCCACCGCCAUAAUUUUUUUUUAAUUAUUAUUUCUCGUAGUUUAACCCUCUUCUGCCUUUACCUCAAGUUGCUCGGCAGCACAACUAUUGUUGCAAAAAAAAAAAAGAUAGUAAUAAUAAACUAAAAAUCUAUUGUGUAAUUUAAAAUAAAAAAAAAAAACAAACCACCUUUUAGAAACAAUCACAGUGAUUGUUUGGAGAAGGGAAGUGUGCAAAAAAGAAAAUAAGUUUUUAACCCCCAUGCAUUGAGGAAUCUUUCUCUCAGUAUUGCCAUCGAGCGUUCAAAUGUGAACAUAUCCAAGUGCAUUGGAAUGUACAGCACUAGCUAGGUAACAGUGAGGGGGGGAAGAUGUUUUGCACACUAAUCCAAUAAUUUGAACCUAAUUUAGCCAAUGGCUGCCUUUGUGUCUUUUCUCACAGCUUUGGAGUUCUCAGCUCCAAGAGUUCCCUUUCAAAAGCAAUCCAAGAAGCUCGUGGUUCAUGUGCAGGCAGUAGUGACCCAACUCUUCUUGCUCCCUGGGGGAAUUUACUAAAGCUGCUGUUUUACCUAGUCCAAAAGUUUCAAUUUUUUCCUAUCUGGCAAGUCAAAUCUGUUGAAGCCUCACGUGAGAUCUGAUGUCCCAGGUUUUCUGGGAUGACAUAUAGUAACCACCAGAACUGAAACUUUAGAGCUAAGGUCUUUUUGGAAAAAAAAAGAAACCUGCUACUUUACUUGCUGCCUCUCACACCUUAAUGUGAUUCAUAUGUAUGUGUGUUUGAAGUUUAGCUUCCUUUUGUUUCUUUUAUAUUUAUUAGAGUAAUAAUAAUGCUUUAAUUUAAUUAUUACAGAACAUAUGGUCAACAUCAACUUUUAUUUUUUAGAAAUGUAAUCAUGUUUAUUUUUAAAAAAAGAAACUGACAACUUGUUUUGCUAUCUUUUAGUGCAAUAAGCAUUCUAAAGAAAAACUGUGUCCAUUGAGCUGUACUGAAGCAGUGUCCGUACCACGGACCGUGGGAGAAUGGACACCUCCAGGAUUUUAAAAGGACAAAGUAAAAGCCUUAAUUUUGAAAGGAAAGUUUUAUAGUCAGAAGGAAUCUUGAAUUUUCCUUUUUUAAAUCAAAAAAAAAUACAAAAAAUGCUUCUAGACUUCUGCAAGCUUUACUUGUCGCUGCAGUCUUUUGAUUUAACAAAGGAAUUGGCCUUAUUUUUGGCUUUGAAAUGUGGAGCAUAUUUGAAUUAAAUGGAAAGGGUUUUGUAUUAAGAUCUCAGUUUUUACAUGCUUAGUUAAACCUAUUUGACAUCAGUAAAAUGUCUGGAAUUA